AUGCUCGCUGUUCUGAAUGCCGGUGCGACCGUUGUGGUACUGGAUGCCUCGCACCCAGUCAGCCGAUAUAGCCUGAUGAUCAGUGGUGUCUCUGCGAGCCUCAUUCUUGUUGGCGAACGGCAGCGACAUCUGUUCUCGGAGCGCACCGAGCAGGAUCUUGUUGUCGACGCCGCCUUUAUCGAGAGCCUUCCGAGCGAUCAACACCUCCCUACAGAGGAGUCCAGCGGUUCCGACAUUGCCUCUGUGAUCUACACCUCGGGCAGCACGGGAGUCCCCAAGGGGUCCCUCCUCAGUCACUCGGCAGUGUCCACCAGCAUGGAUGCCCAUGGCUGCGCCUUGAAUAUCGGUUCCUCAUCUCGGGUAUUGCAGUUUGCCUCAGAUUCAACAAUUGCUACGGCCCUGCGGAAUGCAUCAUUUACUGCUCGUGGAACGGCUCCCUCGGAGAGGACGGGACAAAGCCCUUCAUUAUCGGCAAAGGCCUGUCCAGCCACCUGUGGGUGGUUGAACCGCGAUAAGAUCACCCCUGUCGGCUGUGCCGGUGAGUUGCUGGUCGAAGGCCCGCUGGUCUCUGUGCGUUACCUCAACGACGGAGAGAAAACUCGCCAGUCCUUCAUUGAGGAUCCCAGCUGGGCCCUGAUCAACGGCAAACGGACCGGACGUCGCUUCUACAAGACCGUCGACCUGGUGCGCUACACCACUGCGGGUUCGCUCGACUACCGCGGGCGCAAAGACCACCAGCUGAAGAUCCAUGGCCAGCACGCUGAGAUUGGGGGGAUCGAACACCAGCUCCUCCGCGGCGGCGAAUUCGAGCAUGGGCUGGUUCUGCUGCCUGAAUCGGGCGCUGUUCGCCAAUGCCUCGUCGCUGUGGUGUCUCCCACAACCUCUAGCUCUGGCAACGACAGCAUGCAGCUCGUUACCGUUUUAGAUCGGGCACAUGCUAGUUCACAACUGCGUCGCCUUCGCUCUCCCCCGAUUGGAGACCUUCCGUCGUACAUGAACCCAUCUGUCUGGUGUGUCGUCAGCAGCAUUGCCCUCAAUACCUUGCGCAAGAUGGACCGCAAGCUGGUCUCUCGCUGGGUGAAAGAGAUGGACAAGGAAUCUCUACAAGAAGCGAACACCCUGGCCGCAGAUGACGAGAGAACCGCCGCUGCCCGCAACGACAACGAGGCGCAACUCCAACAGCUCGUGGCAGAGGUCUUGAACCGCAGCCACGAGCAGAUCCUGCUCAAUCGCUCCUUUGUCAGCCUCGGGGGCGAUUCCAUCACAGCCAUGCAGCUGGUCGCGAGAGCUCGAGCAACGACCGAGAGGGCUGUAUCCCUCGCCGAGGAGAAACCGGACAUGGUCUUCCCCCUCACCCCGGUGCAGCACAUGUACUUUAAGAUGUCCGGCCAGCAGCCCACGCAUUUCAAUCAGAGCUUCUUCCUCCGCAUCACCCGCCCGCUCGUUGCUCGACGCUCCAUGCUCCGAGCCCGUUUCCACAAGACCGAGGACAACAGCACCUUUACUCAGCUGAUCUGCGGCGAAAUAGAGGGUUCGUUUCGCUAUCGCGGCCACGAGCAGCUCGACCGCCCAGCGGUAGCUGCGGUCAUGGGAGCCAGUGAACGCACCCUCGACAUCACUUCUGGCCCGGUGUUCAGUGCUGACUACUUCGAUUCUCCCGGGAAGCAGCUCCUUUUCUUGCGGAUCCUCAUGCAGGAGCUGCAAGAAUAUCUGCAGUCUGGCCGUUUGGCAGACACUCAGCCCUCCGUAUCCUUUCAGUCCUGGUCCUGCCUGCCGGCCCAGUAUGCUGGCGAGAACCUGUCAAUCGAGUCCGUUCUUCCGUCCGAGGUCCCCACCGCCAAUAUCCAGUACUGGGGCCUUUCCAGCCGAGAGAACAGCUAUGCCACUGCAUCGCGACAAAGCUUCACCUUAUCCGCAGAGCACACCUCGGCGCUGUUGGGCUCUGCCAAUCAGGCAUACAAUACUGAUCCGGUGGACCUCUUCGUCGCAUCUCUCAUGCAGUCCUUUGCGCAAACCUUCCGCGUCCGCGAAACCCCCUCCGUCUUUCUUGAGGGACAUGGAAGAGAGCCAAUGGACCCGCCAUUGAUUUGUCCAGCACUCGAUAUCGUCGAGACGGUGCGGCGACUCAAGGACCGCAGACGCCAGCUGCUGAGCAACGUCUGGCAGUAUUCCACAGCGCGCUAUCUCGCCCGUGGUUCUGGCACCGGCAACGCCUUCCCGGAUCACCUGCCAAUGGAAGUUCUGUUCAAUUACAUGGGACAAUACCAGCAGCUCGAGCGCACCGAUGCCUUGUUGCACGAGGAGCCCCGAAUCGACCUUCCUGGGUUGGAAGAUAUUACCGGCGAUGUCACCCGCCUCGCUUUCUUCGAAGUAUCAGCGGUGAUCAACAAUGGGAUCGCCCGCUUCGACUUCACAUUUAGCGACCAGAUGCGCCACCAGACCAAGAUCAGCCACUGGAUCGAGACCUUCCAGGAGACCCUCACCGAGGCCGCCACCCGCCUUGCCAGUCAUGGAUCCCGAGAAAACGCUCACAGCCUUGAUCGGCUCCGCAAGGGGACGCUGGCCGAUGCUGGCCUGCUCCAUCUCGGCGUCGUCGAGGAGAUCUAUCUCUAUUCUCCGAUGCAGCAGGGGCUGCUUCUCAGUCAAAGCAAGUCCGACGGGAUUUACCAGCUGCGCUUCACCUUCGACGUUAGCAGCAAGCAGGCAACCGUAACUGCGCAGGAACUCUUCGACGCCUGGCAGCAGGUUGUGGACCGACAGCCCAUCCUGCGAACCUUCUUCGUCGACGCCAUUUCUCCCAACGUCCUGUUCGAACCAGGUGGUGUUGAGCAAGCUCGUCGCCCGCACCGAGCUCACAAAGGACCGUCACCCUCUUCUACACGCCGACGCUUCUACAAGACGGGGGACCUGGUGCACUACUACGCUGACGGUACCCUCCAGUAUCUCGGCCGCAAGGACUCACAGGUCAAGGUGGCCGUCGAGCUGGUGCAGCCCCCCGGCCGCGCUGAUCGCACACUGGCGGCCUUCAUUUGCUUCUCGGAGACCAUUUCUGUCGACCAGGAGUCGUCCGACAGGCUGCUUCUUCCCAUGACUGACAGUAGGCGUUCGAAUGUGGUAUCCAACCUCGAGGCUCAGGCGCACGCGAUGCCCGCCUACAUGAUCCCCACCUUCUUCGUGCCCCUGCACCACCUGCCCCUUAACCUCUCCGCAAAGACCGACCGCAGCAAGCUCCGCCGCCUGCUCGACCACGCCUCCGUCAAAGCCCUACAGACCUCUUGCCUCGCUUCGGAAACCCCUAAGCAACCCCCAUCUUCUCCGCUCGAAUCCCGCCUCGACACUCCUCUGGAGCCAAGUGCUCGACCUCCCCACACACGGCGAUCGGCGUCACCAAUCCCUCUUGCCGCGCGCGAAGGUGGCCUCGCCUUUUCCGGCGCCGAGCUCUUCCAGGCGCAGACCAUUGCCCAGGUCGCCAAGAUCGCCGAGUACAUCAGCGAGGACGAUAGAACGUCCGGCAGCGACUCGGUCGAGCUGCUCACACUCAUUGACGAUGCUCAUAUUUUAGCACCCUCCGUGGGUAAAUCGUAG